CAAAAACGUUACUUGCCUAACACUGAAUGUUUGGCAUUCAUUAUGUAAUAUGUCAUUUCUAGGCAUUUUUCCCUUGUUUUGCAGAUCAUUAACUUGGAUUUGUGCGAAGGCGUACUAUCCCCAUAUCCUGUACAUAGCGCAAUCGAUACAAGCAUUUUGGGUUACGUUUUUUUACUGAACAAGAGGCUACGUUAGAUUGUUAAUAAUUCGCAUACUUCGCGAUGCAGUGGUCAUCUAAGAAACCAGCGACAAACAACACAACCUUCAAUCCUGAUACUAUCGAUGAUAUCGAUUUAAGUAAUGAAGAUCUUGAACAGGAAUUACUUGAUUUAUUGCAUGAUGAUCCAACCUCUGGGAUUUCUGACGAACCGCCGUGUUUUGAGCAGAAUAAAACAAAUUCUGAUAAAGACGAUGAGUUGUUACUGGCUGAACUGGUGAAAUCAAUGGAAACCGAAAAACCCCCUAAAUCCAAUGUAUCUAAUAAAAUAAAUGGAUUAGAACUCAGUGAAGAAGAUUUUUUUAGCAGUCAUAAGACAAGUACUGGUAGCACUUCCCAGCUCCCCUAUCAAACACAAAAGUUCGAAAAUAGUAAUUUUGGAUCGUCGUUGUUGAAUACUCCAAGAAACAGUGGUUCAACGACGAAUUCUAAGAAUGAUAAAGACGAUGAAUUGUUACUAGCUGAACUGGUGAAAUCAAUGGAAAGCGAAAAAUCACCAGCAUCUAGUAAAUCCAAUAAAAUGAAUGAAUCGGAAAUCAGUGAAGAAGAUAUUUUUGGCAAUCACAAGACAAGUAGUUCAGCGUUAUAUCCAAAGCUGACAGAGGCUUCUUCAAAUAAUGAUACUUUGGGAACUAGUUCAGGAAAUACUGUGAAAUUGGCUACCACUGAUUCAAAGCCAAAUGUUCGUCAAGCUGUAUUGGAUUAUAUCAAUCCAAAAACUUCUAAUUCUGGUUUAGAUUUGUUGAAAAAUCGUCAUAAAGAAUACAAAUUAGCUGCUCUGAAAGCUCGUGAUGCAGGUCAACUAGGCAAAGCAAAAGAAUUAUUAGAAGCAUCAAAAUGUAUUGGUGAAGCUAUUGUGAAUAUAGAAGCUGGCAAAGAAUCAUUUGAUCCAGAAACAGAUCUACCUCCACCACCAUCCGAGUAUGAAUUUUCCAAUGAAAGCAAUUCAAAUGAUGGAACUGUCGCUGCCCAACCAUCAGCUUCAUCUCAACCUGUAAAAUCAACUGUACCAGAUAUCAUGAAAACGUCUAUUGUCUGUAAAGAAAAUAUUUUAGCCCGUAUAACCUACUAUAAAGAAAAAUUAAAAGAAAUUACCAAUGAUGAAUCAAAGAAACGUCGUUACAAUCGUAUCCUUACACGCUAUGAUGAAGGAUUGCGAGCUUGUGAACAUGGAGUUACUUCAUUUGAAUUUGAAGAGUUAGUUCCUCCACCAGGUUAUCCACCACUAACUGAUCGUUCUAAAAUGGGUAAAACUGUCAGUCCAACUGGCAAUGAUUCAAAACCAUCUCUUACAAAACCUACCACUGGACAUAAUGUGACAAAAACUAAAACACAAGCAAUUGUUGAACUAUUAACUAAACGUCAAGAUGAAUUGAAAGAAGCCGCUAAAACUGCAAAACAAUCCGGUAAUAUUGAAUUGGCUAAAACAUACAUACGAUCAGUUCUUGGAAUGAAUCAAAUGAUACAAGCUGCUGAAGCUGGAUUACCAAUAGAUUUGACUCAAUUACCACGACCACCUACACUUACUGAUGCUAAUGCAUCGAAACCUAUAUUAAGUGGAUUAAAAUGUGAUCCACCUGUAAAGUAUGCUGUUACUUUUAAUUCAUUAUCAGGUGAUCAAUUAUAUAAAACCUAUUCAGAAAUAUUAACAGAACAAGAAAAUCUAAUUCAUCAAUUAAUCAAUCAACAUCGUCGUAAUGGUGGUGCAAAUGCACAACCAAUUUUAACCAAAUUAUCUGAUUUACUUAGUGUGAAUACAUGUAUGAAGAAAUUAUUAUCGAAAUAUACUCAUCAGUAUGUAUCGAAUUUGACUGCUUAUUUUGAAUAUGCCAAUUUGCCUAAAUCUAAUAUGAAUGCUGAAUUAGCAGAUGAUAUAUUAGAAAUUAGUAAUAUACAUGGUAUAGCUUAUCCAAUCCCAUCGAAUUAUUCACAUAUUGAUACAUAUGUUGAAAUUGAAUUCAAUUUAACUAAUACUAAUACACCAAUGAAAUUUUCUACAAAUGUAGUUAAAGCUAAUAGUGAACCAGUCUAUAGUCAAACAGUUAAAGAAUUUCAUGUGAAUACUAAAAGUCAUUCAUAUCGACGAUUUGUUCAAAAUAAUCGUUGUUUAAAAGCAACAGUUUAUUACAGUCGUGGCCUAUUUCGAAGUUGGGGUGUUUUGGGUGUCACUGAAAUUCCACUGACUGGACUUGUUCAAUCAGCGACAGUCACUCAUGUUGGUGAUUUGAAAGACGGUCGUAAAGUAGUAGGGGGUCGUCUACAAGUACAGUUAAGACAACGUGAAUCACUUAGUGGAGAAACUGUUGUUUAUCAACAACAACCUUGGCUUUUGUUAUCUGCAUCGAAACAAAUUAAUGAAUCACCUAAACAACUUCUCCAAAUUGAAAAUUCCAAGAAUAGUCCAUCUUCAUUGUCUGCUUCACCUACACUAAAACAAACUGAUUCACGUAGAUCUAUUCGAAAUGAAAAUACACAAAAUAGUCCUGUUACUUCAUUACCAACAAAGCAACCGAAUUCACCUAGACCUAUCAGAGUUGAACAUGCACAACAUAAUCUUGAUUCUCAUUCACCUUCUGUUUCACCAGCAAAGCAACCGAAUUCAUCUAGACCUAUCAGAGUUGAACAUGCACAACACAAUCUUGAUUCUCAUUCACCUUCUGUUUCACCAGCAAAGCAACCGAAUUCACCUAGACCAAUCAGAAUUGAACAUGCACAACACAAUCUUGAUUCACAUUCACCUUCUUCUGUUUCAUCAAAAACAACCAAUUCUACUUCAUCACCAUCGUCUCGUAUUGUUAUCAUAAGAAACACAGAUAAUGCCUAAUUGUUUAAUAAUUCAUAAUAUUACUUCUUUCAGAGAAUUUCAUUCAAAGUGAAUCAUUCACAUGAUGACGAUGAUGAUGUUUUAUUUCUUUUUUUUUGGUUGUUGUUUGUUUAAACGCAUCCAAUAUAGAGAUAUAUUGGAGAUUUAUUGCUAUUGAUGCAAAUAAAUGUACAAUUUAUUUAUUUAAACUAGUUAUUCAAGAGAUACAUGUAUUAAUUUCAAA